ACGUGCAAAAGAUAUGAUUUUAUAAUUAUAAUAACAUAACUUAUAUAUAUUAGAUACUUUAAAUUCAAUCAUGCCAGAUUUAUUUGAAGUAAUUGUAGGAACGUAUGAGCAAUAUUUGCUCGGUUACAAAGUAAAUAAUGUCGUUAAUGAAUAUAAAAUGGAAAAGACUUUCGCAACUCAUAGUCAUACGAGUAGUAUACGUAGUGUUGCGAGUAAUAAAUAUUAUUUAGCUUCUGGUGGAGCAGAUGAUUCUGUUUAUUUAUAUGAUUUGCGUCAUAGAGUAGAAUCAGGUAGAUUAAUACAUCAUAAUGAUACCAUUAAUUGCAUUGCAUUUACACCUGAAGCAUCUCAUCUAUUUUCAUGUAGUAAUGAUGGAACUAUAGCUGCAGUCCGAUGUGGAAAUUGGCAAUUAGAAAAACAUUGGCAAAAACCACAUAAGGGUUUAGCAGUUAAUACUUUAGCUAUUCAUCCAACAGGAAAAAUAGCAUUGUCUACUGGAGCAGAUGGUAUUCUUCGUACUUGGAAUCUAGUUAAAGGAAGACAAGCAUAUGCUAUAAAUUUAGUACCAAGAUUGAAAUUAGAUGCAAAAAAUGUAAAUGUUCUUAAAUGGAGUCCUAAUGGCGAAAAAUAUUUAAUGGCUGUGAAUCAAAAAAUAGAUGUAUAUUCUAUAGAAUUAGCAGGAAUCGAUACCGAAAUUGAAUUUGAUUCAAAAAUUGUUUGUGUAGAAUUUUUACAAGAUGAUUUAAUUGCUGUUGGCUUGGAAAAUGGUCAAAUUAAAUUUUAUGAUCUUGAAAAAUCCGUACAAACUGUAGAAGCGAUUGCACAUGAUAUAAGAGUGAAAUGUAUGGCUUUCAAGAAGGAUUUAUUAGUUACAGCUUGCAGUUCUGGAGAAAUUAAACUAUGGAAAUAUAGCAAAGACAAAUUAAAUAUGAUAAAAAAAGUUAAUUGUGGUGCUCGAAUUACCUGUUUGUCUCUUGCAAUGUUAUAUGAAAAUCUUUUGUUUGAUAAUAAAUUAUCAAAAGAGGAACAAAAAAUACAAAAAAAAGAGAAAUUUUCACUUCGGCAGAAAGUUAUUAUUGAGAACGAAAGUGAUUUGGAUGAAACAAUUACAAAUAAUACUUCUCAAUUACUGAAAAAAAAAUUAAAAAAGAAAAGAAGUAUAGAAGAGGUACAAAAUCCAAAUAUUCCAAAUAGAAAGAAGAACAAAUCGAUUGUAAAGAAGAAAAAGGCAGAAAAUGAUGUAAUAUUUGAGUUUACACCAAAAAAAAAAAGUAAAUUGUCGAACAAUAAUGAUGAUUGCAAUUAUAUUGAUGAUAAAAAUAAAAAGAAAGAAACUUUUUCAAAUAAGAAAAAAAAGAAACGCUUUAUAUCUUUAGAAGAAAAUAAUAAUAUACCUUCUAAAAAAACAAAUUGUGAAUUGACUGAAAAAAUUUUGAAACGGGAUAAUAUAACAUUCAAUCAAUCAAAAAUAAAAUCGAUAAAAUCGAAAGAAAAUGAUGAAGUUUCUGUGAAAAAAAGAAAAAAGGAAAUAAUUGUAAAAGAUAAUGGAACGAUUCUAAAGAAAAGAAAAAAAAAACAAUGA